GAGAGGAGGGCAGGACAGGACAGGACGGGAGUAGAGGACCGUGUGCAAACCGCGUGUGGCGCAGAGGCGAGACCGACAACAACCAGGCGCAGUCACGUAAUUGAGGUUGUAGGAACUAGUGGAGAUGAAUAGUAAUGAGUGUUAUGGAUGCGGACGUACCGGCCACUGGAUCAAGAACUGUCCGAACGCCGGGCGGGGACGAGGCAAGGGCCGCGGGAGGGGGAAAGAUCUGUUCUGCUAUCGCUGUGGAGAGCCUGGUCACGUCGCUAGGGACUGUGAGAGGACUGAGGAUGCAUGCUAUAACUGUGGUCGUGGAGGACACAUCUCCAGGGACUGUAAGGAGCCCAAGAAGGAGAGGGAACAGGUCUGUUAUAACUGUGGCAAGGCCGGCCAUGUGGCCCGGGACUGUGACCAUGCCAACGAGCAGAAGUGUUACUCCUGUGGAGGCUUCGGCCAUAUCCAGAAGGGCUGUGACAAGGUCAAGUGUUACAGGUGUGGUGAGAUCGGCCAUGUUGCCGUCCAGUGCAGCAAGGCCAGCGAAGUCAACUGCUACAACUGCGGCAAGUCUGGUCACCUGGCUAAAGAAUGUACCAUCGAGGCCACGGCCUAGCGCUCGGUUACCUUCAUACGCCCCUCCUUUUUCACAUGGAUGGUUGUAUAAUUUUGUCUGAAUCCUCCCCUCUGGCCCGCGGCAGGCUACGGAGGCUCGUCCCACACCAGUCCGCUGGAAAAGGAGGACGGGUUGAAACAUCCACUUUCUACAUUUAAUCCAACAUGUUUGUUUAGUUUGGUAGAGGUUAAUGUAUAAUGCUUUGUUAAAGAACCCCCUUUCCAUGCCACUGGUGACCAGGGAUGAAUGAUGAGUGGAUGCCCUCCCUACCAGGUCCGGGAAACCAGCCCUUAGUGAGAGUGAGUGGGUAGGAAGUCUCUGUCAGAGCUUCCCAUAAAGAUUGACUUUGUUUUAGUUUUCUGGAACAAAAAACGGAGUCGACCUGCGAGAGAGUGACUGAUGUGAGACAGCAGCCCCGGCCAGUGGUCGUUAUGGUUACGGUUCAGUCCGACAGCAGCAUGCAGGCAGACAGACAGACAGACGGGCGGACGGACGGACGGUAGCUUGCAGACAGACGGCAGCUUACAGACAGACAGACAGACGGCAGCAUGCAGACAGACAGACGGCAGCAUGCAGACAGACAG